AGAGACACUCACAGCGGCGGGAGACGGAAGUACCGACAGUUUAACGGACUUUAUUAACCGACAGAGUAAAAACCGACGACCACAGUGAACCGGUCUCCCUCCCGGACUACAGACCCGUCUACAGACCCGGACCGGGAACGGCAGGAUGAGAGCGGUUCCCAGCGGGAAGGUGUACCGGCAGCUGUCCGACGCUCAGGUUCAGCUGUCAAGAUCUCUGCUGGCUGGACGGAGAGACAGGAGGACAGACUGUCUGUCUGCGGAGGACAGUAACACACACUGCAGUGCAACCAGCAGCAGGGGGCAGCAGUUUGAUGCUGAUGAUGAUGAUGAUGAUGAUGACCAUGAUGAAGUCAGCAGACUUCCUGACACUGUUGUGGUCGAUCGUCCGAGCUCCGAUAUCAUUGAACGACUGAUGAAGAAAAAAAGAAAAAAACAUGAGGAAGCUCUAAAACUGAUGGACACCGAGCUCACAGAGCUCGCUCAGGUGUGUGAGACUCAGGUGAGGACCGUCAGUCUGGAGCUGCGGUCCUCUCUACAGGAGGUGGACCUCAGGUUGAACACCCUGAAGGACAGAAUGGAACAGCUGGAACACCUGGAACACAUCAGUCUGCAGGAGGUGUGUGUCCUCUGGGAGAAGGUGGAGGAGGAGCUGAAGCUGAAGAAGACCAGAAUCCUAGAUCUGGACCACAAACUGACUGAAUGUGAGACUCAACGAACCGACAAGGUCCGGGUCGUGUUCAGGAAGUUCUGCCACCUGCUGGAGAAGAUCAGCUUCCUGUCUCCAGCUGAUAUCUGCAGACUGAUCGACACUGACGCCACGAUGUUGAAUCAGUCUCUCCUGGCGAACCGUCGCAGUGCGGCUCGUCUGGCGCUGCUCCUCCAGGAGGAGAACCUGCAGCAGGAGUCACUCCUCCGUCUGCACUGGGAGGACUGUCUGAGCCGCUGGAGGAGGAGGAGGGUCAACGAGGUCAUAGACCGCUUCAGGGGUCUCUGCAGCGGGGACGAGGACCAGCAGCUGGUCUCGGUCCAGCAGGCGGUUCAGGAGAUCAAACAAACUCUACAAGAUCUGAGUGAACAACGCCAUGACAUCAUCCACAAGAUCUGCUCUCUGGUCCCGCCCUCCUGCUCCACUGCUCUGGUCUCUGAUUGGUUCAACCAGCUGACAGCUGUCAAUCAACAGAUAGUGUGUGUGUGUGUGUGUGUGUUUCUGUGUGUGUGUGUGUGUUCAGACAUUGUUCAUGUGGACUUCCUCCAUCAGCUGCGUUGUUGUUAUGAACAGACGUGGCAGCGUCGACUGGCUGAGGUAGAGCGCUGUCAGGAGGCGCUCUCAGCUCUGCAGCUGUCAGACGAGGAGGUGAAUGACAUCAUCAGCUCUCAGCUCCUCACUCUGAUUGGACGAAGCCAGAGUCGGGAUGAAGAGCGAUUGGCUGCUUUAGAUCUGUGCUGUGACUCUGUGGCCCGUCGUGCUCUCAGUCUCAGCAGGUGUGUGUUUGUUGUGAUGCGAGGAGCAGCGUUGCUAUGGGAGACACACAGUCGCAGCUUAGAGAGGAGAGAAGAAGAACUACAGCAAUACCUGGACAACCUCAGAGGCUCACAGCAGCAACACAUACAGAGGAAGAAGGUGCGUCUGGACGACCUGCUGGGUGGACUCCGUCAGGAAAGCAGCGAGGACUCUCUGAAGACGUCUCUGGACAAAACUGUCCGCUACCUGCAGGACAUCAAACACAGCUGCAGUGAGUGUGUCUCUGCUCAGUGGCAGCUGUUGGAUCGUCUCCCGUCUGUCUCUCUGGAGGAACUCCUGUCUUACAGCCGCAGCCUCAGCUCCUUCUACCACCUCAACCACACCUACAGUCCGACUCCACAAGAACUACAGAACCUCCUCCCAUCCAGCAGCCCCACUGAGCCGGAACCCAGUGAAGGGCCUGAAACACAGAAACCAGAAGAGAUGACAGAGAAUCAUCCAAUCAGCUGUCAGAAUGACACUGACCCCGCCCCUCCGUCUCUGGAUUGGCUGACUGAGGCGCGGUCCUCUCUGCUGGAUCUCUGUGACAUUAGCUGUGAUGUCACAUUUACAUCAUCCGGAGGUGUGGCCUAUAGUGGCCCUACCUUCAGAUGCCCCGCCCACGAUCUGCCGGAUGACCUGCAGCAGGAAACACACCUUAACCCGUUUCCUGUGGACCUGCUCACACACGCACUCAGCAGGAUGCGGACUUUGUUCUUGGACCACCUGGAGCAGCACUUCCAUGACCUCCUCAAUUCAUCUGUUGCCAUGGCGACAGACAGGAAGGAGGCGGUGCGUUCAGAGCAGGAGCUCCAACUGCUGCAGCUGAACCCCCAACACAUCCAGACCCACAUAUACCGCCCCCGCCUGGCGGAGUUGCAGCUACACCGACGGCGGGUGGAUGUCCACUGUGAGGAGGUGUUGGACGUGUUGACCUCCUGCAGAGUGGAGCUGCAGGAGCUGCAGACCUCCAUCAGCAAGAAGAACCAGGACUUCAUUGUUAUCCUAUCCAACAUGGAGGACGACGUCCCGACAGCCUACAGCAGCCAACGUCUGGAGGCUGUGAGCGCCGUCCUGCAGGACUGUCUGGAUCAACAUAUCAAAGAAACCCAGUGCUGCGAGACGGCCUUCAGACAGACAGUUCAGAUCAGACUAGAGGAGGUCAGAAACAGAACAACACAGCUCCUCAACUCCUUCAGGUUGUUUAGUGAAGGAGGUGAUUUUGCUCCUCAGGAGGUGAAGUUGUUUCAGAGGAGGCUGAAGGAGGAAACCAAACAGAUCAGUGUGACAGAAGAGUCCAUCUACACUGAACUGGAGGCAUUUGAGUCCAAGAGUUUACAGCAGGUGAAGGAGGUCUCUGGUCGCUUUGAGGAGAAACUUUCCUUCCUAAAGUCUGAGGUGAAAUUCACAGAGAAGAUCCAGAAAGUUAUCAGCAGCACCCAGGUUCACAUCAAGGCUGAGGCAGCCAGCAGUAACCAGCAGCAGUCAGCCAUCAGCAGCAGGUUGGACGAUCUGAGGAUGAUGAUGGACUCAGAGGUGUCUCCAGAUCAGGUGUGUUCUGUCCUGUCAUCAGUCGGUGAGGAAGUCAUGAAGCGCUGUCAGUACUUGGACUUUUCAUUAGACCACAACCUGCAGGAAAACCUCUCAGCUCAUCCUAAAUCCAGGAAGCAGGUCCGGUCAGCUCCACCUCCUGGUUCACUGCAGGUGACAAGGCCAGGCGUGGACCUCCUUGAUGACCCGAUUGUGGGUGUCAUCAAUUCCCUGAACAGGUUCUGUACGAGUCAGGAUGCUGCAGCAGACGCAGCAGCCAGCGAGGAGCGAGGAAGAACAGCAGCUGGUCAGAGUCCGGUUCACCGUCUGCAACAGAGAUUUACUGAGUCUGUCAGUACACUGAGUGUGAGGAGGGGCUGCAGGUCCAUCAGAACUGACAGAAGGUUCCAGAUUUUUGGACCCAAACAGGAACCAGAUGAGAGCUCACACUCGUUCAGCUCCAUGGUGAACUCUGUGCUGUGGCGAGCCAAUGACGUCCUCCUGCUGGUUGCCGAGGACUUUUACCGGAGCGAACGGGCCGGACUCAGCAGGUUCCUCCUGGUUCCUGACAGUUUGGACCAAUGGGCUGAGAGCAUGCAGCAGAGGCUGCUGGGAUACCAGGAACAGGCCAGGAAGUUUCUGAGCAUGAGCAGAGAGGAGUUGGGGAAGCAGCUGUCUGUGUUGGAGGAGCUGCUGCGUUCAUUACCUGCAGUUCUGAUCAGUAACCAUGAGCGACGACAGGAGGCGGAGCUGAGAAAGGAGGUGGGCGGAGUCAGACUGAAGCUGGAGGAAGUGCUGGCGGCCAGCGAGGAGGAGAAGUGUGAGAACGUCCGUCAGCUGCGAGUGUCUCUGAGAGACGACGAGCUUCAGACUCUGACCAGCAGAGAGGAGGUCAGACAGCAGCAGCUGCACAGCGCCGUCUGCUGCUCACACCUGGAACUACAGGAGUGUGUGCGGGUCAGAGGGGAGGAGUUUGUGACCUCACUGGCGGCUCUGACAGUGAAGCUGCUCCAUCAGUUGGACCACCUGCUCACACCUGCAGAAACCAAGGCAGCGUUGUCACACCAGCAGCACUCUGAAGACGGUGCUGUUACCAUGGAGACGGGAGCUGAGACAGAGAGCAGGACCUGGUCUGGUAUCCCGUACCUCCUGCCCCCCACCGGCAGCUCUGCUGACCCACCCUCCAGUGUCACCACGGCAACAACAGCAUCCAUCACCAUGACCAGGUGCACCCUGGGACAUCUGGCUGUUAUAGAGCAGAGAGACACUGCUGUGAAGAGGUUUGAGCAGCUGUUCAGGUCGGAGUCGUCGCGUUCAGACGAAGACAAACGAAAACGACUGAGUGAACUACAGAGCUGGAAAACACACUGGAGACAGCAGAUACACACACUGACACACACACACACACACACACACACUGGAGACAGCAGAUACACACACUGACACACACACACACAC